AUGGGGGAUGCGUCCUUCCACAAAAUUUCAUUCACUUCUGUAACUGAUGAGCCAACAACAACGAAAAGAAAAGUGGCUCAUUGCAGUGAAGGAGGCUUUUCCGAUCAAGUCAGAGUUCCAAAUGUUAUUGUGAUGGUGGGCCUCCCCGCUAGGGGAAAGACUUAUAUUUCUAAGAAACUCUGUCGAUAUUUGAAGUGGAUUGGCUUAAAAACGAAAGUUUUCAAUGUUGGAGAAUAUCGUCGAACAGAUUCCUCAGCAUCCGAUGCUGUACAUGGAGCAAAUGCAGCAUUCUUUUCUCCGGAUAACAAGGAAGCUUUGAAAGUUAGAACUGAAUCAGCAAGACGAGCAAUGAAUGACAUGGCCCAAUAUCUGUGUAACGGUACAGGAAAUGUCGCAAUUUUUGACGCGACAAAUACGACACGGGAACGACGACAAACUCUCGCCGAUUUUUGCGUUGGAAAGAGAUUGCGAUGUUUUUUCAUUGAAUCGCUCUGUGAUGAUCCUACCAUCAUUGACAGCAAUGUCACAGAUGUGAAGAUUAAUUCUCCGGAUUACAAAGGCUUGAUGUCUGCCGAACAAGCUAAGGAUGACUUCAUGAAACGAAUAGAAAAUUACAAAAAACAAUAUGAACCUAUGGAUGAAGUUCUAGACGACGCCUUGAGUUUUAUCAAGGUUAUCAAUGCUGGACGUUCGUUUUUUGUGCACAACGUAAACGGACAUGUUCAGAGUAGAGUGGUAUAUUUCCUGAUGAAUAUCCAUUUGCUACCUCGUAGCAUAUAUCUCACAAGACAUGGAGAAUCGGAGUAUAACGCUAUGGGACGUCUUGGAGGAGAUUCUCCUCUAACAGAGAGGGGUCAAACUUACGCCUCUGCUCUAGCGGAUUUUUUCAAAGAAAAGAAUCUUAUCGACUUUCGCAUUUGGUGCUCGCAAAAAAUUCGAGCUGCACAAACAGCUUCGCACUUGAAGCCUACUUUCCAUACAGAAUAUUGGAAAGCUUUAGAUGAGAUAGAUGCUGGUAUUUGUGAGGGGUUAACUUAUGCUGACAUCUUACAAAGAUAUCCGAAACAAGCAGAAGAUAGGAAUCAUGACAAAUAUCAUUAUCGAUAUCCUUCCGGCGAAUCAUAUGAAGAUGUAGUAUCCCGUCUAGAACCCGUGAUUAUGGAACUUGAACGUCAAGCAAAUGUCCUCGUCGUUUCUCACCAAGCAAUUCUACGAUGUGUCUUGGCUUACUUUUACGAUAGAUCAUUGGACGAGUUGCCGUACAUCGAUAUACCUCUGCAUUCGUUGGUCAAACUGACACCCCGUGCUUAUCAUUGUGAUUCAACAAUAUACAAAUAUAGUCACGAAACAAACACUUGGUCAUCUGAAACUAGACAACUGCAACUGUGUGAUAGUCCCGGCACAUGA